AUGGCUGCGGCUAAAAAAAGCGGUAAAUCCAAGAAGGGUGUGGAGGAAAGCGAGAUGGAAACAAGCCUGGAUUGGGAGAUUAACGAAGACAAGGACCUUGGUUUUAGCUUCGAGAGCCAGCCAUGGAAGCUGGGUUUUAAUGAAGCUUCCAUGAUCUCAAAGAGGCCUCUCAAGAAAAUCAAGAGCCCUGAACGUCAAGACCCAAUUCAAUCCUCUGCUUCUUCAGCUCAUCAAGCAACUUCAUCAACCACUCCUUGUCCAUCUUCAUCAUCUUCAAGAAUAGUUUUUCCUUUUGCUUUUGAUGGCUCUCAGCAGCCUGUGCAAUUUCCCAACCAAUUCAAUACCACAACUGCGCCUAUAUACCCCUCACCAUUGUCACAACAACAACAACAAAAUCAGCAGCAAAUGAUCUCUUUUGCUUCUCAACAACAGCAGCAGCAACAGCAGCAGCAGCAGCAACAUGGCAUGACUUAUCCGCCGCCCUUUUUCGGAGACUCAACAACUUGGCAACAACAGCAGCAGCAUCAAAUUCUCCAGUAUUGGAGUGAUGCUUUGAAUUUAAGUCCAAGAGGGAGAGUUAUGAUGAUGAACAGGUUGGGGCCUGAUGGAAGACCAUUGUUUCGACCGCCGGCAAUGCCUUAUAAUACUACCAAGCUUUACAGGGGAGUGAGGCAACGGCAUUGGGGGAAAUGGGUAGCUGAAAUUCGUCUUCCUCGAAACAGGACUCGCCUCUGGCUCGGCACCUUUGACACAGCUGAAGAUGCUGCCAUGGCUUAUGACCGCGAGGCCUUCAAGUUGAGGGGAGAGAAUGCUAGGCUUAAUUUCCCAGAGCUGUUCCUCAAUAAAGACAACACAUCAGUUUCCACAGCUCCAAGCUCAACAGCUACUUCUCCGACAGCUCAAGAAAGUUCAAUGCCUACCACAACCAGGAACCGUAAGCAAUCUCGAAAAGUUCAGAAAAAGGCUUCAAAUACGGAGGCAAUGCCACCACCACCACCACCACCACUGCCACAUACCGAAGAAGACAAUACCGAUGACGAUUCGGGAUUGGGGUCAAGUGAAGCUAAAACGAGCGAUGAACUUCAGGCGAAUAUAAAUUCUGCAGGAGGAGGGAAUUCACAGCCGGAGGACUUGGUUUGGGGGGAUAUGGCAGAGGCUUGGUUGAAUGCAAUUCCAGCAGGUUGGGGUCCAGAAAGUCCUGUGUGGGAUGAUUUGGACACCAACAACAAUCUUUUGCUGCAAUCACAUCUCCCUUUUACCAAUCCAAAUCAGCAGAACUUUAAUAACAUUUGUCCUGAACUUGAAAGACAGCAAGACCACUCCGGUUCGGCUUCCUCCUCUUCCUCUUCAUAUCCCAUGAAGAACUUCUUUUGGAAGGACCAAGAUUGA